AUGUUCGUCACCCAUGAGGGGCCCAGGUCACCGAGCCAGGAGCCGAUCUCCGCCAACCAGAGUGGUCUCCGCGAGGACAUCAACAAGCAGGAACAGCUGGUGGAUGGAAAAGGUCCAGGAGUUUCGCCAGUUAGCACAAGAAAAAUGGCCAACCAGGCCACUACCAACAUGAACUCGGGCCCGCAAGGGCAACAAGACCGCUGGGCGGCGCUGCGUGCGCGCCUGAGAGCGCGGGAUGUGGAAGAGCACCACAUCGAGACCAUUGUCGCUGCGCUUGACAAUGCUGCACGAUGGAAGCCGAAGGGGGUAGCAAGUGGUGGGUUGGUGUUGGGGUCCGGCUUGGGGUUGGGUAUGGUGUGGCUUGCAAGCCGCGUGGGGAGGAGAAGGGGACCACCCCCAAGGACCAGCCCGGUCUCAAGGUGGACGCCAAGGCGGACGCAAAAGUCGCAAAGGUCAGUCGGUAGCGAGACCGCUAUGGCCCACUACCGGUCCCCCGACGAUGACGUGUGGUGUGUUCUCUGCAUCAAGGGUCUCCAUCGCAUCAUCCCGCGUGCCGUCCACGACCAUGCCUCUUUCUGCGCCGCUUUCGAUGAGGCUCGCGCCGCUGCCUGA